GGGCCCGGCCCUUGGACUACAAGUCCCAGGAGCGAGCGGGAGGGCGCGGCGGCCGCUGCCCGUGCGGGUAUGAGGCGGCAGCGGGGCGGCCGGAGCGCGGCGGCCGGAGCUGGCGGUGCCCUGGGCUGACCCCCUCGGGGGGCGCCGGGGCUGCGCGGGGCCGGUAGCGGGGCCCGGGCCCGCCGGGAGACACUCCAUGCUGCCCCGCCAUGUGCAGAGGCUGGGCAGAGACUGGAUCACCCACUGGAAUGGCUCGCAGAUACUCGCCUUCAACAGCCCAGUUUCCAGCAGUAUGAGAUGGGCCGGACACUAUCCUCCAUGGGCCUCGUUUCCACUCCCUAUUUCAGCUGAUUUUUCAGCAAACUGGAGAUUCCCUCCAUUUUUUGGACCUUGGAGACAAUUUCAGAACUCCAAUUGGCACCUUGAUAACUACACACAAAGUUGUUGCUUUCACCUACCCAGCCCCAGUAUGAAAUCUGAGGGAGAAGAACCAUUGACAAAGAAGAGAAGACUCAGUGCCCAGGAUGAUACUUCAGGUCCUGAACAACAAACAAACUUGUCUAGUCAGAAGGAGGUAUCUUGCCUUUCUGUAGCACAGAAUGAAGAAAUACAUGGCAGCAAGAAAGGAACCAUCAAAAGACACUGGGAAUAUUUCUGUCAGCAGAGUAAAACAAUGAAAAUCGCUAAAAAUAAAGGAUCUGACCAAAGCAGUAUAGGAAGUGAGGCAACAUUUGAUUUUACAGUCAUGUCCUACAAUAUUCUCUCACAGAAUUUGUUAGAAGACAACUGUCACCUGUACAAACACUGCAGGCAGCGACUGCUAUUCUGGACAUACAGAUUUCCCAAUAUCCUACAAGAAAUCAAAGAGCUGGAUGCAGAUGUGCUCUGCUUACAAGAAGUCCAAGAAGACCACUAUAGAGCAGAGAUCAAGUCAAGUUUGGAAUCACUGGGAUAUCACUGUGAGUAUAAAAUGAGGACAGGCAGAAAACCUGAUGGCUGUGCCAUUUGUUUCAAAACUUCCAAAUUUAGCCUGAUUUCCUCAAACCCUGUGGAAUUUUUUCGCCGUGAUAUCCCACUCUUGGACAGGGACAACGUUGGACUGGUGUUGCUGCUGCAGCCGAGAUUUCACUGUAAAGCCAAUGCUGCCAUCUGUAUUGCCAAUACACACCUGCUGUACAACCCAAGGAGAGGGGACAUCAAACUGACCCAGCUUGCAAUGCUCCUGGCAGAGAUUGCCAGUGUUGCCUCUCAGAAGGAUGGCUCCUUCUGCCCAAUUAUUAUCUGUGGGGACUUCAAUUCUGUUCCUGGCUCUCCACUGUACAAAUUUAUAAAGGAAGGAAAGUUAAAUUAUGAAGGACUUGCUAUAGGGAAGGUCUCUGGACAAGAACAGUUUCCAAGGGGACAGAGAAUCUUAUCUAUUCCAAUUUGGCCAAAAAAAUUAGGUAUUUCACAAAACUGUGUAUAUGAAGUAAAACAGCAACAAAAGGAAGAAAGUGCAGGAGAAAAAUUGGAAGCAGCAAAACCAGACAACACUCAGGAGAUUGUAAUAGCAUCUGAAAAGUUGUCUUCAAAAUUGCAGCACCAUUUUAAAUUGUCUUCAGUCUAUUCCCAUUACUUCCCUGAAACUGGGAUACCAGAAGUGACAACUUGUCAUUCCCGAAGUGCUGUCACCGUGGAUUAUAUUUUCUAUUCUGCAGCAAAUGAUAAUACUGCUACCCAUACUUACCAGCCAGGAGCAGAGGAUUCUUUUUGUGGAGGCCUGAAACUUCUUGGCAGGCUGGCACUUCUAACAGAGAAAGAUCUUUGGACUGUUAAUGGUCUUCCCAAUGAAAAGAACUCUUCUGACCACCUGCCACUGCUAGCAGAGUUCAGGCUUAUUGAACGGUAAUAUCCAAAGGACUUUUGGUGUAGGUAAAGUUCCCUUUACUUUCUCUCUUCAUGGGAUGAUUAUUGUUAUUUUUUUAAAAGGGUAAUUGAAGCACUGCUGGUCCGGUUUAAAUAAGUUUGCCUGCAUGCUGAUUCGUUAGUGUUAAGUAGACUUUCUAAUGGGACUUUGCUUUUUUAAAAAAAAAAACCAAAAACCUGUUUAAUUUACAUUAUGAAGUCUUUUAGGGAGAAAAAGAGAAGAUUUUACAUUAGCUGCCUCUUUGAUAAAGGAAAACAUCUGUGCCAGACUCAAAAUGGCAUUGUUUUUCAUGGAUAUGUUGUAAAUUAUUUUUAUUGUAAAUCACAGUAAAAACGACUAUUCUGAGAACUGUGUGUUUCUUCAAGCAAAAGGGAAUGUGUUUGUGUGCCUGCAGCAUUUUAUAAUGAGUUGCAAAUAAUGUUUUACUACAAAUGUGCUCUGUGGACACUUCCAUCUUAACACUUCUUCAAAGGAAUUUACUCAGUGUUCUUGGUGCAGAGGCCACAAGAUUGAACUUUCAAAGGAAGAAAGGCAUAUAGGCAAAUAUUUGUGCUCUAAGAAUUUGCUGCUUAAAAUUGUAAGGGCUUAAAUAGAGGUAGCAUUCACUGAAAUAUUUUUUAAAAUAUCUGAAAUAAAGCUAAGCUUCAUGAACACAUCAAUUAAGGAAACUUAAUUGAUCUAUUGUAGGAGGAAAAGAAAAUAUUAGCCCUUGACAUCUUGGGGUUCUAUACAUAUUGAACAACUGAUGACAGGGUGGGGUGUUUUCCAUAUUGUUAUUAAAAAUGUCAGAUCCUGAGGUAUUAAAUGAUCAAGAUUUUA